CUUGGCACUGGCAACCCCGAGAUAUACAGCCUUGAUAAUGUUAGCUUCGGGAUAGCGUCUCGGACAUUGAUUGAAUAGCAAACCUAUAAAGCCAGAGAGAAGAAGAAAUAAGAUCUUUCUCUUUCACCGUCACUCAAACCUUCAACAGCACCUGGUUUACUUUAUCGAUACAUUUCCAUCAAAGUAUUAUUUUACAAAGCUUCCGCGCACCACCAAAAUGUCCAUCCAAAGAGCCACCCAAGCCGACACCGUCGAGACCUACGUCCAGUCUCACCUUGCUCCCGAAGACCCAGGCAUGUUCAAUGCGCGCAACAACAGUCUCAAACACGGCAUCCCGCCUAUUGCCCUCUCCGCCAACCAAGGAAAGUUCCUGAACCUACUCGCGUCAUGCAGCGGAGCCCGCAACGUCCUCGAACUGGGCACUCUAGGCGGCUACUCCAGCAUCUGGCUCGCACGAGCCAUCAGUUCCACGGGAGGAAAAGUCACCAGCAUUGAAAUCAAUCCAGACAGACGCGAAGUCGCGAUUGAGAAUCUGCGAAACGCGGGUAUCAAGGUCCCGGAGGAAGUGGACGUGGUGCUGGGCGCCGGGUUGGAUGUUCUUCCUAAGCUGGACGAAGAGAUCCAGCGUGGAGAGCGCCAGCGGUUCGACUUUGUCUUUAUCGAUGCGGACUGGCCGAACCAGUGGAAGUACUUCGACUACGGGGUCAAAUUGGCGACCGGGAAGGGAAGUGUGGUUUUUGUGGAUAACGUGGUCCUGGCGAUGUUGGAUUAUGGUCAUGUGGGUCCGGAGGAGAGAGAUGAGAGUGUGGUUCCGUUGGUGGAGGAGGUGGCUAAGGAUGAGAGGGUCGAGGCGGUGGUUAUGCAGACGCUGGGGGCGAAGCAGUAUGAUGGGUUUUUGAUGGCGGUGGUUAAAUAGAUCCAGACGGGUAUCUCAUGCACUGGGGCUUAUUAGCGGU